AUGUCUUCCUCAAACAUUACUCCCCACGAAAUAGCUGAGGUAAAAGCAGUUGUUGAUGCCGCAAUAGAAGAACUACACACGCAGUUGCGUGAAGUGAAUCGACAGAUCUGGUCAAACCCAGAGCUUGCAUAUCAAGAGCACCACGCUCACGACACAAUCUGCAACUUUCUUGAAGCACAAGAGUUCCAGGUGACUCGCCAUGCGUACGGCCUUGAGACUGCAUUUGAAGCUCGCAGUAGUGGUGGUUCAGAAGACGGUGUGCUCGUUAAUUUCAAUGCAGAAUAUGAUGCUCUGCCAGAAAUUGGACAUGCGUGUGGCCACAACCUUAUUGCAACGAGCAGCAUUGCCGCAUUCGUUGCCUUGUCCACUGUGCUAAAGAAAUUCGAUAUCCCAGGAAGAACGCAGCUCUUAGGAACGCCAGCCGAGGAGAAUGGUGGAGGUAAAGUAAAGCUAAUUGAGAACGGGGCCUAUAAGGGAGUUGAUAUUUCUUUGAUGGCCCACGGUGGGCCAUCCUUAAUGGGUGAUGGUAUUGCUGGCGUAUUAUUUAAUGCUCGGAAGCAAAUUCAUGUCGAAUUUACCGGAAAGAAUGCACAUGCUGGCGGUAACCCAUGGGAGGGAAUCAAUGCACUCGAUGCUUUGGUAGCUGCAUACAGCAACAUUGCUGUCCUACGGCAGCAGAUCCUACCCGAGGAAAGAAUUCACUGUGCCUUUUUGGAAACACCAAAAGUGGCCAAUGUAAUUCCAUCUCACACAAAGGCAUAUUGGCAGGUUCGCAGCCCCACGUUGGCAGGAUUAAAUAAACUUACAGUGCGUGUACGAAAUUGCAUCGACGCGGCCGCAUUAGCGACGGGAUGUCAGGUAAAAAUGAAUGAGGACAGCUUAUACACGGAUAUUAAGUUGAACGACACUCUUUGUGAGAGAUACCAAGCCCAUAUGGGCCGAUACGACCGUAGCGUUAUCAAAAGUAUUGACAAAGUUAUGACCGCGUCUUCGGAUAUUGGUAACGUGAGCUACGUGGUGCCCACUCUUCAUAGCAUGUUUACGAUUCACGCUCCUGAGGGUGCCUAUCCCCAUCAUCCAUCCUUUGCCGCAGCUGCAGGGACGGAUGUGGCACACGAGGAAGCUUUGCUCGUGGGUAAAGCGCUGGCAUUGACCGGAUGGGAUAUGCUCGCAAAUGCCGAUCUAUUGCAACAAGCAAAGCAACAGUGGCAGAAAGAAAUAAAUAACGAUAGUCCGCAUGACCAGCAGACAUUUAGUCGUAUAUAA